GCUUGUGUUUGCAAGGAGAAGUGAGACGGUUAAUUUCAUUUCCUGCCUUUUAACCCCUGUACCUAAACAACACCCAAGUUUCCUGUCAGUAUCUGACACAACCUUUCAGCUGAGAUCUGACAUUGAUUCAUCUGAGGAGUUUUCUUUGUGUUGAUUUCAUACUUUUUUAGGUAAAACCUUAUUCUUCAUGACGGGAGUAUGGAUCACGUUCUAAUUCUCCUCGUGACGGUAGCAGCUGUAACUCAUGUUGCUGGGGGUAAAUGUAGUCAGACCCAGAACCAAUAUCUGUGCACUGUUACUCCUGGAGGAUCUGUGUAUAUCCAAGUGGUGACCAAUGCUAGCAGCCAUCAAGUGUGGUGUCAGAAGAAGCUUCCCAGCGGACUCAUAAAAUUCCUCACUGUGAAGAAAGACAAGGUGUCGAUAUCUGAAGAAUACAGAAAGAGAACAGGAUUUUUCAUCAACAACGGGACAUUCAUGAUCACAGACGUGACGAGGAAUGAUUCAGGUCAAUACAUCUUAGAAGCCUUUGAUCCAAAUGGGGUCCAAGUGAGAAACAUUACUGUUCAACUGGAUGUUGAAGAACAUGCUUUUCCAAUCCUGAUCACGGUCUCUGCUGGAGUGGGUGGUCUGCUGUUAAUGAUACUGUUUUUUGUUGUUGUUUGCUGCGUGUGCAAGUGUCGCAAGAAGUCAGGCGCAAAAAAAAAAAAAGAGAAUAAACAUCUUCACUGUGAGCUUGGCCCUUGUGUGGAAACCUCCUGUGAUGGCAGACAGGAUGGAGCUCAGUGUUACGGAGCUUUGGGAGGAACUGUGGUUCUCCAGCUGAUGGACAGCGCCUCGGGAAUAUUUAAGUACCAAUGGAAAUCUAAAACAACAAUAAUACUCAUUUGGAAAGAGAAUAAAUUGGUGCAUAAUCUGAUAGAAAACAGAUCCAUCUUUACUCCCAGUAAUGGAACAUUUAGGAUCAAUAACCUGAGCAGGACUGACAGUGGUGAAUAUAAACUUGAAAUACAUGAUGCAGCUGGACAAACAUUAGAGCAGCGGACUCUACAGUUGUCCUUUCAAGCUCCUGUGUCCUCUGUCCGGCUGGUGCCUGAGUGUCUGUCCCUAGGAAAGAUAAGGGUGUCCUGCUCCUCUGAGGGAGGGGACAGUCCUCAGUACAGCUGGACUCUGAAUGGACACACACUGACAGAUGCUGAGCUCCUCUCUGGAAACAGUGAGACUAACAGCAUCACUCUGAAACCAAACAUCUCAGGACGUCUGAACUGCUCAGUCAGGAAUCACGUCAGUAGUGUCUCCAAAGAAGAGGUGAUAUCUACCUGUGACUUCAUUAAUUGCACCUUAACCAAUGGGACACAAAUAUCACAGUGGGAGUUUGCAGACACUAAUAUAAAGUGUAUUGCGCCAACAACAGCCCCUAUCCCAACUACACCUGAUAAAAGUAAGGAGACUGAUACAACAGUGUCAAAAAUACUCGCCACUAAUAUCUCAUCCUCCACUCACACUGUGACUACCCCCAGCAAUGAUCACCCAUGGUACAUUAAAUAUUUAGCAAUAAUGGGUGGCGUACUCUCAGCACUGGUAAUUCUCUUAGUGGUCGGGGUAGGAGUCAUCUAUGCUCAGAAGAAAAACAAAAACAACAAAGCUAAAGAGAAAGCAGAUGAGCAGGAAUUAACCUAUGCAGAUGUGAGGGUCGUGCAGCGGCAGGGAAGGAAGGUGCAGCAGAGGCCACAGGAGGAGGUGGAGUACGGCCAAGUCAAGUUUUCGAGGCAGUCUCGGCAGAUCGCUGAACCAGCAGGAGAUGAUUGUGUGUACGCCAAGGUCCGUAAAGGCACAUGAUUUGAAGUGUUCGGUGUUUUUGCAAAGACUGCACGACUUAAGGCAGAUAGAGGGAAGAGCUGUUUGUCAAGAUGGCAAGAGGUUUCAUUUUUAAUUUAGUGUGAUUUCCCAUUACAAAAUACAACCCAUGAAAGCUCAUUCAUACAGUGAUUUUCUGAUUUGUACUGUAAUUCUGGGUUGUGACCAGGUAUAUGAUCCUCCAGUCUCCUUAGCUUUACAUUUAACAUUUCCAUCCUGACCUAAGGACGUUCCAUGGACAAAUCAUUUCAUUGCAUCAGACGGUGACCAAUUUAGUUUUAGCUUAUUUAAUAUUUUCUUAAAAAAUGAUUUGUGUUUAUCUUUAAGUGGUGAAGCACUUUCAUGUUUUUUACUUUUCCCCUUAAGUUAUCCGCGCAUUUGCUUUUAUUUCAUUGUUAAAACACUUUAAACUUGCAAUAAUGAUGAUACAAAUUUUAAGAAUAAUAAAGUCUUUAUAAUGUAUUCAGUUCUAUUACUCACCAUUGAUUGGUAGACAUGAACAGUCUGUACGUCCAAUAAGUGUCAUCAGUACGUUUAUGUUGGUCAAUCAUUGGUGUUCUCAUGUAAUUUAAAAUGGCUACUUUUAACUUCAUUUCACAGUAAAUAAGUUUGCAUUUACUUAAAAAAUGUAUGUUGUAAAAUGUAUUUAUUAAACAAAUGUGGAUAAAUUAAGGGAGUAUUUUAAAUAAGCUCCGGUACAGUGAGCGCUGCAAAAAUAGAUUUAUUUACUCUUUGGUGCAGGG